GUGCGAUGCGCCAUCGCCAGCGACGGCAAUCGCCCAUCUUUGCGUCUUAAACCCAAUCAACGAAGCAAUGGCCGGCAAGCGUAAGAGAGGACCCAAAGACGGCGCCAAUCCCGGCUCGAAUGCCACAAAAAAGGCUAAGAAUGACGCGAAACUCAACGGACGAAACGCCACCGUGAAACCGAGCUUUGAAAAGAAGCCAUUCGUCGAGACACCAACCGGAGAGGAUCGCAGGCGAGAGGCUGCCCUAUACGAGCUCCUUGGGAGUGAAGAUGACGGUGAACGCAUAGAGGCCGCCGACUGCAUCGUAUCGAGCCUCCUGGGCGGGGAUGGCGUGCCGGAAGCCGUUCUGCUGCGACAUCUUGAUCGACGACUCUUCCGGGGCCUCGCGAGCGGUCGCAAUGCUUCUCGGAUCGGAUUCAGCCUCGUAAUCGCCGAGAUCCUGGGGCAGCUUUUUGCGGAGGAUUCAAAGCUGGGAUCCAAGUAUCCAGACCUCACUUUUGAAAAGGUCCUGGGCUUGCUGGUGGACAAGACGCAGGCCAUCGGCAACAUUCCCGGCCAGGAGGAGCGCGAUCACUACUUUGGCCAACUCUUUGGACUAGAAUGCUUUGUGCGGUCACGGACACUAUUUUCGGAUAUAUCAAGGUGGCACUCCGUGCUGGAUCUGCUGCUGAAGCUCAGCAACAAGAAGAUCUGGCUGCGCUCGCAGUGCGGGUGGGUCUUGGUGCAGGCCCUCGAGCAGUCGAGCAGAAAGGAGGCCGAGGCCACGCUGCUCAAGGUCGCGGAUGCAGGCUUGGCCAAGACCCCAGAAGGCGUCGCUGCUUGGCUCGUUGCGCUGAAUCGCUACUCCGACAUCAAGCUGAAGCCAUGGCAGCACCCCCUUUCCACCAAGUCCCUCGGCGACCUGGCUGCCGUCCUCAAGGAAAGCUUCAAGGACUCGAACAAGGAAUCCAACGAAAAGUCACAGAACAACGGCAAACAGGCGAGCUGGACAGCGCAGCUGCACUUUGUUUGGGACAUCAUCAUCGGGUGCUACGUAAAGGGCGGCGCAGCCGCAGAUACGGACGGCCUUUCCCAGUUUUACAACCGCGUCAUCGAUGAUGGCUUGUUUUCCAAAAAUGCAACAGAUGGCCAGAAGUUCAAGGGGUUCAUGGUCUUCCAGAAGCUGCUCGAGGCACUGGUUGGCCAUCAUGACAAGCUGCAAUGCCUGUUUACCAAAAAUUUCAUGACAUGCCUGAUCAACCAGGCUGCUAAGGAGGAUAGGUAUUUGCACAGGGCCGCCGUGAAAGCGCUCCGAGCUAUUGAGAACGUGGUUUCUCAACAUCCCAAUACCCUCCCCGUCAUCCUUGGAAGCUUGCUGGGGAAUAACGGCGCCUACAACUUCGACCAGCGCACGAGCACCAAGACCGUCGACAGGCUUUUACAAAACAUCAGCCGCGACAACGCACAGGAUUCGCUGGUAGUCAUCCGUCUGCCUUUGGCGACACUGAAGAAAAAGGACAGUGACGAGGCCAAGGCUAUCCUCCGAGUCUACGCCGACUACCUGGCCAAGGUUCUCAACGCGUUCGCAUCAAGCUCUGCAGAAGCUUCAUCGGAUUCGAAGCAUGGUUCUUCUUUUGGCCCGGUGCUCCAGGAGCUCUCAGCCUUGGCGUACUCGACCCCCAAGAGUAUUCCUGAGGAUGCCCUGACAGAUCAGAUCCGGGAGCUCUGUCGGUCCCGAAUCGAGUCAUCGCUUGCCCGCUUGACUCGUAAUGCCGACGACUUCAGUGUUUUCUGCAAUGCAAUCGCCUCCAUCGACCCGGCGUCAAGAAACAUGGCAGACGAUAUCAAAGUGGCCAUGAACGACGCAUUGGCGAGAAUGAACAAGCUCUUGAAGCGAAAAUCAAAAAGCAAAGACGACCAAAGCUUGGCGCAGGGCUUGGCUAUGCUACACGCCAUCUCUAUUUUCCAGUUGUACAACGAGGAUCCUGAUGCAAUGGAAGUGUUGAACGACCUGGCGCAGUUCUACGAGAGACUCAGGUCAGGCAGUGUCGGCGACAAGAGCGAGGGCAGCUCGGAGCUUCUGGUCGAGAUCCUGCUUUCAAUGGUUGCGCGCCCAUCGUCUUUAAUGAGGCAGGUGUCUCAACAGGUGUUCGACGCCUUCACCAGCCAGAUCUCCGCCGAGGGCCUCGAGCUGCUGACUGGCCCCCUCGCAUCUGGCGAGAGCACCAAGGGCCAAAAGGAACUUUUCAACACGGAGGAUGACGCCAUGGACGUGGACGCGGACGAGGACGGAUCCUCUGAUGGGGAGAACAGCGUUGAGGAAAUCUCUGACGUUGAGAUCGACUCUGAUGUGGAGUUUGUUGGUCUUGCUGGCGAAGGCGGCGAUGAGAGCGGAGGUGACGACGAGGAUGAUGGUGACGAGGAAGAGGACGAAGACGAGGGAGGUGAGGGGGGUGCUGCCGAGAAACAAGAACCGCAAGAUCUCGAUGAGCUCGUGGGCGCCAUCCUCAAGAGCCAUCGCCUCGACAAGGACGCAGAUGCCGUCGAGUCAGCCUCGGACGGCGACAUGUCCGACUCGGAGAUGCUGGCUCUCGACGAGAAGCUCGCCGAGGUCUUCAAGCAGCGUGUCAAAGCUCAUCCGGACAACAGCAAGAAGCAGAAGAAGGACGCCAAGCAGUCCGUCGUCAACUUCAAGCACAGAAUCCUGGACCUGCUCGACAUUUACGUCCGCAACGAGGCCCUCAACCCCCUCGCCUUCUCCCUCCUCGUCCCGCUUCUCGGCCUCAUGCGCACCACCUCGACCAAGCCGCUCGCCAGCCGCGCCUGCGAGAUCAUCCUCGGCUUCCAGCGUGGCCUCCGCAAGGCCAGGGCGGGUCGCGACGGCGCCGGCGAGGACAAGGCCCAGCCGGCCGCCGAUGACCUCCUCCCGCUGCUGGUCGAGGUGCACGACGAGGCGGGCAAGGACAACUCGCAUGCGUACGCCAAGGCGGCCAGCGCUGCGAGCCUCAUCGUCGCGUCCGCCAUGUUCGCCGCGGACAAGGACGCCAUCAGGCAGAUUGCGGCCGUGUAUGCCAAGACUCAGUCCGGCUGGGUGCUCGGGGAGGUCCAUCUCCAGACGUCCUUCUUUGCCGACUGGAACAAUUGGUGCCAGAAUCAGGCGUCGCAAGCGCGCCAUUGAACUUGAUACCCAUGCCUAAAGAGCUGUAUAUCGCAAACAUAGAACUGUAUGGAAUAGAUAGACAUAAUAUCACGAUGAUGGCGGCGACGCGCCAACAGCCAC